CAACGUCAAACAUCGUCCCCCUGCUCGUGCCAUGCGCACUGACGCUUGUUGUUGUUGAACUGGUUGUUAUGACUGGACAAGGCCUCGGACUAAACUGAGAGAGGACCCCCCCCCCUCCUCCUCUGCCACGGGACACCCACCACCCAUGGAGGGCACAGACAUGGACGUGGACGCGGAGCUCAUGCAGAAGUUCAGCUGCAUGGGCACCACGGACAAGGACGUCCUCAUUUCGGAGUUCCAGAGGCUGCUCGGCUUCCAGCUCAACCCAGCCGGCUGCGCCUUCUUCCUGGACAUGACCAACUGGAACCUCCAGGCUGCUAUUGGUGCAUAUUAUGACUUUGAAAGUCCCAAUGUCAACACGCCAUCCAUGUCGUUUGUUGAGGAUGUAACAAUUGGGGAAGGAGAGUCUGUACCUCCAGAUACACCGUUCACAAAGACCUGGAGGAUACAAAACACAGGUGCAGAAUUGUGGCCUCCUGGGGUUUGUCUUAAGUACAUUGGCGGGGAUCAGUUUGGCCAUGUAAACACAGUUAUGGUGAAGUCUCUAGAACCACAGGAAAUAUCAGAUGUGAGCGUACAGAUGCGAAGUCCCACAGCUCCUGGGAUGUAUCAAGGCCAGUGGAGGAUGUGUACUGCCACUGGAUUGUUCUAUGGAGAUGUUAUCUGGGUGAUUCUUAGCGUAGAAGUUGGAGGUCUUCUUGGCGUCACCCAGCAGCUGUCAUCCUUCGAGACGGAGUUCAACACCCAGCCCCAGAGGAACGUACAGGGAGACUUCAACCCUUUCGCCUCGCCACAGAAGAACAAGCAUGAAGCCACUGACAACAGCUUCAGAGAUCCUGGUGGAGCCUGGGAGCGCACACAGGAGCCAAUCCAGCAAGAUCAAAAUGGACUGUCUCAUAAUGCUGUAAAUAGGGCUUCAAAUAGUCUUCAAACCAAUCUUUCUGUGGUGAGUUAUGGUCAGGGUAUUCACGGACCCUUUCCUUUUGGACAGAGCUAGAAUGACAAAGACCCCUCCCAUGGUGGAUGAUGUGCUUGAUAACUUAAAUGCGGAGGAUUUGAAGGGAGGGGAGGAACAGUUGUUUUAUACUGACUCAUGACAACCCUCUCCCAAACCCAUAGCUAUAUCCACUGAAACACAAAUUACAGUGAGGUGAUGGAUUACAUCCGCUCCAGAAAAACAUCCUACCCGACGUCAACACCCGGAUUCGCAUGUGUGAAUGCUUCGUUUAAGAGUGCUGUAAACCCUUAAAUAGAUACACACAACUAUUUUUAUUCACUUUAAAACACAGCUAAUUAAAGGCAGACUCAACCCCAAGUGAGCGACAUGCAAUUUGGUAUUCCAACAAGUAACUCAAUGCAAUGCCUCUCCGAGGUUCCUACACAGGUUUGAAAUGAAACGUGUGUGUGUGUGUGUGUGUAAAUGAGGAUAACUGACAGAUUUGCUCCAGUUUCAUACUGAAACCUCAUAAAGGUCAACAACUAGUAUGACCUGUUUUACCAGCUUGUAGGUUACACAUCAGUAGAUGAACUACUGCCACCCUGGCAUGCAGUUUGCCUGGCUGCUUGAAGGAUAAAAUGUGGCUCAGCAUCUAUUAUAAAAUAUGCCUUGAACCAGUAAAUGAUGUGAGGUGUUUGUUAUUAUGGUUCGAGAACAGUUUACACUUAUGAAAAGUGGUAAUUGUAUUAACCUCAACAAGAUAUGCAGCAUCAGAAGGUGAUUGUGCAUUAUUUCCUAUUCACAAAAUGUACAGUGUAUAGCCGAAGUUUUCAUUCCAGAUGUGCACUGAAAACCAGCACGGUUGCAUAAUCUGAGGUCAUACUGUAUUAACCUGUCAGCGUGAUAGUUAUUGCUAAUAUCUGUGUUUGCUCUUUAUUUUUCUUUAUUUUUACAGUUUCAAACACAGUUUAACUCAGAGCUAACAACAUAUUAGGAUGCAUUAAUAAUUAAUUCCUAAGUAUUUGUCACUGAAAUAACUCGUGAAAUCCAAAAGCAACUAUAGUUUUAGUAUCGUUAACGUCCUUGACACAACAUCAAACAAACCUGCUGUCUCUAAUGUCACUGAAGACUAAAGCAAUCUGAAAAAAACAUGCCUGUGUAGGAACCUCGUCUCCCCCAAACGUAAUCCAGAAAACCAAGACACUAGUGUGCGCUGUCGACGCCGUACAGUCUGCAGGUACUCAGUUCAGACUGCACGGGACCGUGUGUGUGUGUGGUUGUUUUUUAGGGUGGGUUUUUGCUUUAAAUAGAUGCUGAAGCUCUGAAGGAUGUACGUGAGAGGACGUGUGGCGUGAGGAAAGGUUGAAAAAGCCAUUUAAAUAUAUUUUGCCUGGUGAGUGCGUGUGUGUGUGAGCGGAGAGGCCUUCUGUGUGCGCGUGUGCUCUGGUUCGUCUUUAGCGUUUACUGUCAUACAACGCUGGGAUGACAUGUCCAUCGAUUCUUACGUCUUACGUCAGGUGUGAACCUCUGGGGCGUCGAUGGGCGGCUUUGCACCAGCUGGAUGAACAUACUCCGUAAAUGAUAUUUAUUUGCUGUUUGUGCUGCAGAGUCGUGAAGUCCCCUUUAUAGCCAGCAGAUGGUGCUAAAGAAUCACAUGACCAAAUCAAAAUUGUCUGAUCAUGCAAAGUUGUGGGAUGGAUUUAAUGUGAUAACGUGACAGCUAAUGAUUCCCAUCGACCCCAGUCAUGGUCUGUUACAGCACGCUGUCCUCCACUGCUAAUCAGGAACAGAGACCUUUAGCUCAUCACCGAUUGCGAUGCGAAGCGUUUAUAAGGAAGUUUGGUUGGUUGUUGGUGCUAGCGUUCUCUCCUCCAACAAACGGUCUUUUGCACAGCUUUAACUUUUAUUUCCAGGAUAUUAAUUGGGUUUCCUUUAGCCACUGAGCAUCGCUUACGUCACCAAGGUGUGAUCGUGAGGAAUAAAUAAUCCAUUGUUUUUUGUUUUUUUUAAGCUUUACUCCUGUGAAGAUUAUUUUUCUGUGUAUCUGAUCUUGUAUCUUCUGACAUCAAAAUGGGAAACCGUUUUAGAUCCGAUAGCUUUUAUGGAGGAUUAUCAAAUCCAAAUGUAAUUGAUGGGAGUUCCUGGAAGCGCCACGUGUUUUCUCGUGAGACGUCAUCGGCCUUCUGUGUUGCAGCUCUGCUGUUUGUGUCCUGCCAGCGGAGAGUCGUCCUCCCGAACAGUUCACACCGUCUGCUUCUUUUUGCCCAGCCGUUUGGUUUCUCUCUGUGGGUGGGCUUCCUCCCUGCGAGCUUGCUUGUGAGAGUCUGUGUGUGCGUGUGCGAGACUGAGCGAGGAGCGGUGAAGAAACUGAAUAUUGCUGGAUUUAUUCUCUAGUUUGAUUUUGUGACUAUGUAUGGACUAGAGCUGGGCGGCAGGGUGAGUGGAUGGCAUGAACGUUUACGUAGUCCUAAAAUCACAAAAGCACAUUAUUCUGAAGAGAAAUUGUCAAAAUAAAGUUUUUCCCGUAUCUGUAAUAAAGCAUUUGUAUGAAUAAAUUAACACUGAAACAUUUA